AUGAUGCCUCUGCGCGUACUCGCAAACAUCCUUCCUCUCCACUUCACUAGCCAGCAGCACUACCAGCACCAGCAGUGGCAGCAGAGGUUGGAGUCCAAGACUCGUGGGUCGCGAGAAACACAAACUCUCAAUUUAACGCUCGUACAAACAGUGAUAAAGGAGGCGGAGACAGUGCUUGGUCCUGUGCUUAUGCUUGUGCCGAUGGUGGUGGUGGCGAUGGAGAUGGAGGUGGAGGAAGAGAUACUGCACACAAGGGAGUGCGCCCAUAAUGGCGUUUCAGCAUUAACCAUUAUCGUUGGUUUUUGGGAGCUCUCCUCCUUCCAGAAGGAGCAAACAGCCUGCUCACCCCCUACGCAGAGGUUUAUCGAAGUGGAAAAUCGCUAG